AUGUCUGAAGAUUACGAAGAUGAAGAGGUCGAAUUCAAGUCGAAUACCGAAAUCACUAGCAAGAAAACCACGUGGGUGAUUGACAAGCUGCUCGGUGAAGGUGGCUUUGGGGCGGUUUAUAAGGUCAAGGAUAAGCAGAGUGGAAAGUUUUAUGCGAUGAAGGUGGAGAAGAAACAGGAGAAGAAACCGUCCAAGUUGAAGAUGGAGAUAGCAAUUCUGAAACUGGUUGCCAGUGAGAGAAAGAAUUCUCAUUUCACCGAGAUUGUGGACCGUGGAAAGAAAGAUAAGGAGGGAUACUUCUUCUUGGUUAUGGAGCUGGCUGGAUCCAGUUUGGCUGACUUGAAAAAGAAAAGAGCAAAAGCUUUCUCGGCUCCAACUGGUCUAAGUGUGUCCCAACAAUGUCUCGAAGCUUGUCAAGACCUUCACAAAUACGGAUUCAUUCAUCGCGACUUGAAACCAGCCAACUAUGCGUGUGGUGCCGAUAAGAAGGCGCAUACAAUCUACAUUCUCGAUUUCGGAAUUUCCCGAAAAAUCAUCAACGAUCGGAAGGAGCUGAAAACUCCACGUGUCACUUGCCGCUUCAAGGGAACUCUAAAAUUCGCAUCACUGGCGUGCCAUAAAAACCAGGAGUUGGGAUGGAAGGAUGAUUGUGAGAGUUGGUUCUACUUGUUGAUGGACUUGAUCCUUCCUGCUGGUCUCCCCUGGAAAGGAAUCAGUGAUAAGGGAACGGUUAGCAAGAUGAAGGAGGAAGUCAGAAGCAAGAAGGAGACAUAUUUGGGGAUCAAGUGUGGAGCGGAACUGGAGAAGAUUAUUCUGUACUUGGAUCAGCUACAGUAUCAGGACCACGUGGAUUAUCAGUACAUUUACAAGACUCUCGAUGAGGUUAGGCUUUCAGAAGUGAUCCUCAAUUGUUUAAAUUUGCAGGCUUGUUCAACUUGUGGUGGGAGAAUGGACGCACCGUACGACUGGGAAAAAGAAUAA